AUGAACGACGUGCUUGGAAAGUUAAUCUUCACUAAAAGCGACCCUUCGCUCACGACAGCAGAUGGCAAGGGACUUACCGAAGGUACUGAAGACGAAGUAUGCUCUUUUAAGAUAGAAACGAGGGAUUCGCAGGGACAAAUAACUUACUCUGGGGUAGACAAAGUCGGUGUUGACAUCCGGUCAAUGGAUACAGGAAAUGUCAUAGCCCCCGAAAUAACAGACUCAAAAAAUGGCUGCUACGAAGUAAAGUACAAACCCAACAUUGCAGGAAAAUAUGAAGUGUUUAUAACGGUAGACGGGGAUGUAAUCGUUGACAGUCCAUUCUGGCUUGAAGUGAAAGCAAAAACAAGGCAAAAGAAAGUACAGAAGAGAAAAGUAAUUGGAAAACCUGUAUUCUCGUCAGGUAUUGUAAGCUUAGUUAUUUUGUCUCAGUUGAAUAAAUUUGUAUAGGUAAUAGCAUGAUUUGUAGUGAUAUUUGGUAUAAAUACCACGAGUGAUAUUUAUGCCAAAUAUCAGGUACAAAUCAUGCUAUAAGGUUUGUAAUUUUCACAUGUAGGUAUUUCAAAUUAAACUGAAAUACCACUGCUCUAAGCCAAUCAAAUUGCAGUAAUUUCUCAUGUAGUAGUAUAAGUAUGUGUAAUCAAAUGGUGACGAGUGAAAUUAAGGAAUAAUUUCACGCGCGUUUUGUCCAAAUCCUUUUAAUUUCCCGAGCCUUUAGGCGAGGGAAAUUAUUAGGAUUUGGACAAAACGCAAGUGAAAUUAUUCCCUAAUUUCACGAGUAUACCAUUUGAUAACCUUUUAAUAUCAUGGGUGACGAAUUACGUUAGCAAACUUGGAUUUUUCACGUGUUUAUCCUGGGAUAUCGAUCGAGAACUCCUGCAUUCUCUCGAACGUUUAGCGCUUAAAUUUGGUUUAAGUUCAGAGUUUUUCGACAAGUACCUGUCAGAAUCCUUCUUGGUUUGUUCUUUCGUGUGUUCAGGUUUUCUAAAACGUCUUUUUGUGCCCUGACAUCUUCAUUCACGACAUUUUAAAACUUCGUCGCCAUCUUGACACUGAGACGUACGGAAGGUUGCCAUGGCAAUUUUGUAAUUUCACAUGUGAAAUUACAAAUUAACGCUGAAAUUUCCCGCCAAAAUUAAGGAGUAAUUCGUCACCUAUGAUAUUAGAUAGAUUAGUUCACGAAUUUAUGCUAGUCUAUAAUCUUAAUGAUAUACACCUAAGUUGUCCUAUAGUACCUACUUUAAGUGCAUUUACCUAGUAUGGGGUAGGCGAAUCCUUGUUUUCAUUUUUUGAUUAGCAUAGGCUUUUCGUUAUCUCAUGUAGCUAAUAAACCAAAUUUCUGAAUAUUGAAAGAGCAUAACAAUUUCAGUUAUCUCUGAAAAUUUGAGCCCGAUAUACCAGAUAGUCAGGAGAAAUUUUCUUCAAAAACCCCAAAAUGUACAAAGGGUCUAUGAGUUCAUCCUAAGGUUUUGGCACUCAGUAAUUUUACAGUUUUUGCUUGCCGCUAUUUUUUUGUUGCUGAUUGAAAAGAGCUAAAACUUGCACAAACUGCAUAAAUUUCACCAGCCCUUUUAAUUUUUUAACCUAAUUGGUAUAUACGGCUACAUCUUCUAUGGGUUAACUGCCUAUGGUGAUGAGCAAAAAUGUAAACAAUGAGGUCACGAUGAAUCCGCAUAUAUUCCAUGAGGCAGAGGAUAUUUCUAAAUGAGUAUUAAGGGACUGUGCAAUAAUUAUCAGGAGGGGGGGGCUGAAAAACUAGAGUUAUCUAGCAAAAACUUAGACAGUACCCCCCCUCCAAAACAAAAAAAAUUCGUUCUAACCCCCCCUCUGUUAUGUUAAAAAUAACGUCGCACCCCCUCCCCCCUCCCCUCCAACCACACUGGUAAACUCAAAAGUGUACUGAACUGCCAUCACAGCUUCAAUAAUGACAAACGUUGUUAUGUAACAUCUAGUAUCGAGAAGGAUGUUGAUCGCUUGAUUGAAGAUUUAGACAAAGUACCGGGGUGGUUACCACAUUGGCUCAAAAUCUAAAACUUCUGAAGCCAGAAAGAGAAAGGAGAAGAGAAAAAAAUCAAAGAACAGGAGAUUGAACGCUUCAAAUAACAGACGAACUGCAAGCUCUUUUUGAAAAAGAGCUUGCAUUAUAUUUAGAUCCUUAGGAAGAGAGCCUUUUGAACUUUGUUAUGAGCCACAUGUAUAUGGAAUUCAGCAAAUCGAUUCAGUCGAUGAAGAAACAUUACUUUUAUUCACAUCAAAAACCGACAAAGCUUGUCUACGAGAUCUGUUUGAUUCCCAUUUUUUUAUGGCGGAAGCUGAAAAACAAGUUCAUGAUUUUUGCUUUACAUAGGAUCAGCUCAAUUAAUUAGAACACGCGUUAAAAUUGAUCAGGUUUGAAUUUGCUUUUCAUUUUGAUGGAAUAUUUUCAAUAAUCGUUUAACAGCUGUUCGUGUUGAUAUUUGUUACAGUCUAUCAUGAUGCCUGUAUUGAGAAUCUAUUAUUGCGUUUAAGUUUAUUUACAUUUCGAAUAAAACUUAAGGCCCCCCCUCCGUCAAAUGAGUGAUUUUACUUUGAGCCCCCCCUAUCUUGGCAGCAAUUUUAUGUAAUGCCCCCCACUCUAGUUUUUCAGGAGAAAAGCAUGAAAAGGUUGGUUCAGUCUUUGAGGGAAGAACUUGGCUUAACGAGUAACCAAGAAGGAAAAAAGGCCAAGCCAAGUCAAGGCAACAAACGUGUUGGUGCUCGCUCGGAAAACGAAAUACCACAGCAAGGUCAGCAUUCGUUGACACAACAUUUGAAAUAUGAACUGAGAAACGAAGUGAAGUUAUCCUUAUAUUAGGGAGAUAUCACAGAUGAGCGGGUUGAUACCAUCGUCUAUGCAGCAAACGAGUGGCUUCGACACGGAACGCACUAAAUAACAUCGACCUAAACCAGAUGAGUCAUCGAUAUGUCAGCGGCGUCUUACAAAAUGAAAAUGAACCCUCGACUUCCGCUUACUUGAUCGAUCCAUGGAUAAUAGAAAGAGUCUUUCUAUUGUCCAUGAUCGAUCGCUGCGAGAAUGUUAAUUUGAGUUUUAAAAGGGUCAAUUGUUGACAUUAACAGUUUAUAUUACUAAAAACUGUUAAAUCUACAAUAGACUCAGAAGUAUUGAGCCGAAUUACGUGGCUUAUGGUCGUUCCGGAGAACUUGGCUGAGGCUGGUUUCGGUCGAUGUUAUUUAGUGUCGACACGCCAAGAAAUACUAUCUAACAUCGACCGAAACCAGGUUUCAUUGACAGAAGCUAAUAAGCUAAUAGCUUACUUGCAAUCCCGGGGGGGGCUCCCAUAUGAAAGGGGCGGGGAUGCUCGUCGGAAAUUUUGAAUUAAACCUGUGAAGGAGUCAUUCUUGCGUGUUUUCUUGCCACAACUAAACAGCUUGGUCUGGUAAUGUGAGUGUGUAGCGCUUAUCAGGAAGAAUACUUCAAAAAACUGACGGAGUAUAAAAUCUUGGAUGUUCUUUAAUUAAAAUAUUUGAUGUCCCUUAAAUAGUUCCUUUUUAACUUCCAAGCGAAAGGAAGGAUGAUUAUUAAUUUGAUUUUAUUACUUUUUGGUGUUUUUUAAGAUACACAUUAAUGUCCAAAAAAGGCAACAUUCAUAUCAUGUGCGCAAAUAUACCAGUAGAGGAUCUAGGGGAAUGGUCCAGGGAUUCCGAUCCCUCCCCCUCCCCAAAUACAUCAUCACAUCAGAUGACUGUUUAGUAGCGGGUAGGCCGAGUAACUCUUCUGAAACUGAUCUUGCCGGCGAAGAAUCGCCUACAACUUUCAUCUGGGAGCUUAAAGAUGAAUCUUGCAUUGCACCGGCAAUGCCUUUUAGCCAUGGAAUAUUCUAUGUAAUAUGGAACAAGCUUGUUUAUAGUGACGAAAACUGAGAUCUUUCAAAGCUGCGUAUUAUUAAAACGCUUUAAAAGAGUACACAACUCUGGACACUCCCAUCAAAAAUUCCUGGAUCACUUCACUGCAACAUGCAAUCCGUGUUCUAGAUCCUGAUAUCUAAAAAUAACCUGAAGUUCAGGUUAUUUUUUGGCUUACUACAAAAUUGAAUCAAUCUUAUUUAAAAUACAAUUUUUCAAAGGUUCUAAAUAGUUGCCGGUUUCCUCAAUGUGUGAUAAACGCAGUGAACGGUUGCCAGGUCUGAAAAUCUUGAAUUCAUGCUUUCUGAAUUGCAUAUGAUUAUGUAUUGCAGGUCCACAACAUCCUAAUCCGGGGAAGUCUUACAGUCCUUUAUACAUCUCAGCCUUUCUACCACACAAUUCAGAGGGAAAAGAAAUAUGCGAUUUACUUCAAACGGCGUUUGAAGCAGGUUUACUGUUUACAAUUGGAACAUCUCCCUCCACAGGAGAAGAGAAUAAGAUUAUUUGGAACGACAUUGAACUGAAAACAAGUCAAAGUGGAGGACCGGCCAGGUAGUGUAUUAAGCAGCCAAAGCGAAGAAUGUAUUUUUAAAAAGUGGAAUAAAUCAAACCAUAAUUCCAUCCACAGCAAAAACAAGGGGAACGUACGUAAAAUGAGUCUCUAACCGCUUUUUUUAACGGGUAUUUGAAACAAAAUGCUGGAUGUAGUACCCUAUCCGUGGCGAAAGGAAGAGCAGAGAAGAGUUGCUGUAUGGUACACAAGUCGUGAUAGUCUUUUAAGCUUCGUGAUUAUCCUGAACCUUUUUCACAAACCCCUCCACUCUCAGUCAACAGUUGGGUUACCAGGCUGGCAUAUUCACUGCUAGAGAAUAUAGUAUAAAGUAAGCGUAGCAAGCCUAAAAGGAGAUGGGAGAAGAAGGGGCUUUUUCUCCCUCUCACGCCCUCCCAUUGUAAUUCUUCAGUGUGUUGCCACUCAACUUAGUGAUUGUAGCCAGGUUGACUACAAUAAAUAAAGAAAGGAUUCCAAAAAACCUCGUAAUUUCGAUUACGUUUGCUGUCUAAUUUAUAUCUGUUCAGUUAAUUUUGAUGAUAUCUGUUCGUUGCAGUUAUGGCUAUCCGGACUCUACCUACAUUGAUCGCGUCAAGGCACAGUUGGCUGCAUAG